AUGGCGACGGUAUACACCCUAAAGAAAGGCCCACAGGAGACGAUCAAGUCCGAUCUGGACGCGACAGACUCCUCUACAAGCUUUGACACCCCACCCCUAGGCGAGCACCAAGAGGAGCGUCGGUUCUGGUUCCAGAGAGGAAAGAGCUACAAUCCAGAAGCAAUUGCUACAUUGCCAUCAGUCUUUGAUAACCCCGAUUCUGCGAAAGAAUACCAGCCCCGAGCUGACUGGGAGAAUAUUCAUCGAUUUGACCCGUCGGCUCGGUGGACAUGGGGCGAGGAAUAUAAACUAGUUCGCAAGAUUGAUCUGCGCAUCAUGGUCUUUGCUUGCGUUAUGUUUAUGGCUUUGGAGUUGGAUCGGUCGAACCUGGCUCAGGCUCUAACGGACAAUAUGCUUCCUGAAUUGAAAAUGAGCACAAAUGACUAUAACCUCGGAAACACCGUUUUCAAGCUCUCAUUCCUCUGCGCGGAACUUCCCUCUCAGCUUGUUAGUAAAUGGGUUGGACCUGAUCGUUGGAUUCCCACUCAAAUGGUUCUCUGGUCUGCAGUCGCGAUGGGACAAUAUGCGCUCAAUGGGCGAACAUCGUUCCUUGUAUGCCGGGCUCUUCUGGGUAUUAUACAAGGUGGAUUUAUUCCCGAUGUAAUUUUAUAUCUUUCAUACUUCUACAAGCACCACGAGCUUUCGUUGCGCCUGGGUUUCUUCUGGACUGCUAUGAACAUUGCAGAUAUCCUUGCUGGUUUCUUGGCUUUUGGGCUGCUGCAUCUUCGUGGUGUGCAGGGCCAGUCAGGAUGGCGCUGGCUAUUUUUGCUGGAGGGCCUUCUUACUCUUCUGGUCGGUCUCUCUGCCUUCGUUCUUAUGCCUCCCGGGCCUUGUCAGACAGCCAACUGGGCAAGAGGCAAGUCCGGUUGGUUCACUGCGCGAGAGGAAACUAUCAUUGUCAACCGAGUCAUUCGGGACGAUCCUAGUAAAGGAACCAUGCACAACCGAGAACCCAUCACGCCCAAGCUUCUUUGGAAAAGCCUUAAAGAUUACGACCUAUGGCCGAUCUAUAUAAUUGGACUCACUUUCCAGACUCCCAUGACGACCCCAAAGCAAUACCUCACUCUCACUUUGAAGGGUCUCGGAUUUAACACCUUCGUGGUUAAUCUUUUGACGAUUCCCUCGGAAGCCUUGUCUAUAGUUUUCAUUCUAACCCUCACAUAUGCCUCCGAGAUCACUAAUCAGUUGACUUUGGUAUCUAUGCUGGGCCAAAUCUGGACUCUUCCAUUCGUCAUUUAUCUAUAUAUGGUCGACAUCAGCACGGCAAAUAAGUGGUCCGUGUGGGUGGUGAUGACAUUGCUGCUGGCAUAUCCGAAUGCGCACGCCAUCCAAGUGAAUUGGAAUUCACGAAACUCAAAUGCAGUUCGAUCUCGCACAGUCUCAGCCGCCAUGUACAACAUGUGUGUCCAGUCUUCGGGAAUUAUUGCAUCCAACAUCUAUCGCGCUGAUGAUGCGCCUCUAUACAAAAGGGGAAAUCGUGUGCUGAUUGGGCUGGUUGUCUCAAACAUUUUCAUUUACCUAUUAACCAAAGUUUACUAUGUGUGGCGCAAUAAAAGCCGGGACACGAAAUGGAAUGCUAUGUCGGACAAUGAGAGGUUGCAUUACUUGGCAACUACCACAGAUGAAGGCAAUAAGCGCUUGGACUUCCGAUUUGCUCACUGA